AUGAGCUUCACCACCAAACAGAGUACCACAACAGUGUAUGCCACCAAAGGGAGAAGCAGCAGUGGUAGCUGUGCUACUGGAGGUGGCAGUAUAAGGGUUGCCCCAGGAGUCUCUGGGAGAUGCAGCUCUUCUGCUGCGGGUAGUGUAAGAUGUGGUAUACCUGGGAGGAGCUUCAGCAGUGGAGUGAGUUAUGGAGGGGGUCUGGGGGGAGGAAGUUGCAUUGAUGGCAGCUUUGGAGGAGGGUUAGGAGGAGGUGCUUUAGGUGGUGGUUUCGGGUGUGCACCUGGUGGUGGGUUCAGCGGUGGCAGCGUCCGCUUUGGACACAUUGGUGGUGGUCUUGGUGGAGGAUUUGGCAUUUUCAAUGAGGCGCCCUUGAUCUCCUGUGAUGAGAAGAUGACCAUGCAGAACCUCAAUGACCGCCUGGCCUCUUACCUGGACAAAGUGCGGUGCCUGGAGGAGGAAAACUCUGAGCUUGAGUGCAAAAUCAAGGAGUGGUAUGACCGCCAAGGGCCAAUCUGUGACCCAAAGGAUUAUGGUUGUUAUUACCAACAAAUUGAAGACCUUAAAAACCAGAUUAUUUGUGCCACAGUGGAUAACAGCAAGCUUGUCCUGGAUAUUGAUAAUAACCGGAUGACUGCCGAUGACUUUAGACUGAAGUAUGAGACUGAGCUGGCCCUUUGUCAGAAUGUGGAAGCUGACAUCAAUGGCUUACGUCAAGUCCUGGAUCAACUGACCCUUUGCAGGUCUGACUUGGAGGCCCAACUUGAAUCCCUCCGGGAAGAGCUGUGUUGCCUCAAGAAGAACCAUGAAGAGGAAGUGAAGUGUCUGAAGAAUCAAACAACUGGUGAUGUCAGUGUGGAAGUCAAUUCUUGCCCAGGCCCAGACCUGAAGAAGGUUCUGGAAGAAAUGAGAUGCCAAUAUGAAAGCAUGAUUGAGAACAAUCGCAGAGAAGUGGAGCAGUGGUACGAAUGUAAGAUGGAGGAGGUGAAUCGGGAGGUCUGCAGCAGCAGCAAAGAGGUAGAAGAUUGCAACAACCAAAUCGUGGACCUGAAACGCCAGCUGCAGACCUUUGAAAUUGAUCUGCAGGCUCAACUGAGCCUGAGAGACACGCUUCAAGUCUCUUUGGCUGAGACCGAAUGUCGCUACAACAGCCACCUGGCGGAAAUACAGAACCAGAUCUCCUGCGUGGAGCAGCAGCUGUCAGAGCUGAGGAUGGAGAUGGAAUGCCAGAACCGAGAGUACACAGAGCUCCUGGACAUCAAGUGCCGCCUGGAAAAGGAGAUCCAGACGUACCGCUGCCUGUUAGAGGGAGGACAUCAGGACAUCAGUGGCCAGAGCUGUGGCAGUUCAGGAGGCGGUGCUUGCAGGCAAGCAGGAGGAAAUGUGAUUAGAACCUCCCACACCUUCACUACCUCAUCUUCUCAAUGCCAGCCUUGCCAGUCUACCCCUGAUGUGAAAGGAUACAGCAGAUAAGCAUGCAAAGUAGCACCAUCCAUAGAUGCAACCAUCGCUUCUCUGGUCUAGAAACCUUCUGGGCUCAUAUUAACAAGCAAGAGGAAUCUUCU